AGGAAGUUAAAAAUAAACCUAGCGUAUAGUUGGGAUUAGGAGUAACUUAAAUAUAUAUAUAAUGAUUAUAUUUUGUGAUAAAGUCAAAUUUUAGGAAGUGGGGGACAGGCAACAAUUACAAAUAAGAUUUAAAACUAUUAAAUAUGUGAUCAGUUUAAUGUGCAGGAGACUUUGCCUCAUAAAAAACAUAUUUUACAGUUAAUUUUAUCAUGCAUGUAUACACUUUAUUUCCUGGGGGGUGCAAACGGUACCGAUUCGGUGGAAUGACUGUUGAAGAGACAUCUCAGUUUUGUGCUGUAGGUGACAAAACAAAUAUGAUGUGUUCAAUUUUGUGUUGGCAAUAUCCUGCUGGAUGAUGAAAAAAUGAGAUGCGGGCCACAAAUGUUUCCGUGUCUGUAUAACAUGUUUUAAAUGUAUGCAUACAUUUAAAACGUGUUUUAGGAAGUCAAAAAGGCCCAAAAAUAAAUAUGAGGAGCCAGAAAAACAGUGAUAAAAUAUGCAACAGUAUCUAAUCAUGAAAUAAAUCAAUGUAAGAGUCUGGUGCACAGUGAUGUCACCAGGAAUGGGCGUGUCCUGUAAAGCCUCUUAUUUGCUUAAUGGCUUUACACUGCAAGGAAUUUAGCGAAUCCACACUGAAAAUAGGCUUAAUUUGGACUUUAAAAAAAAAAAAUUCAACCUCCUGCUAGUUUAUUGCUAUGUAUGAAAUAUUAUCAAAAUGUAGAGUCUAUAUGUUCAAGUGAAAUAUUUAUUUGUAUAUAUUUUUUUCAUUUGUAAAUAAUGUGUGUUGAUGUGGACUCCCCGCCUCUCCAAGUCAUGCUGACUUUUCCUUCUUCUUCCCAGUGCUUGUUUUGCUCUUUGCACUGCAGCCCGCCUGAGCUCUGCCCCACAUUCGCUGCUGCGUCAGAGCUGGGAUAGACAUGUAGCUGUGUGUGUGUGGGAAUGUGUGUGUGCGUAUGUGUGUGUGCGUGCAUGCUAUAGGGGGGGCUCUCCUGGAAAACAUGGACUUCAAAUCUGAGCUGCUCAAGUCCAUCUGGUACGCCUUCACCUCGCUGGACGUGGAGAAGUGUGGAAAAGUGUCCAAAUCCCAGCUGAAGGUGUUGUCUCACAACUUGUACACGGUGCUGAACAUCCCCCAUGACCCCGUGACCCUGGAAGAGCACUUCCAAGACGACGAUGACGGCCCCGUGUCCAAUCAUGGCUACAUGCCCUACCUCAAUAAAUACAUCCUGGAUAAGGUGAAAGAGGGGAUGUUUGACAAGGAGAAGUUUGACGACCUGUGCUGGAUGAUGACCAGGAAGAAGAACUACAAGGGUCCACCAGAUGGGGCGCUGCUCUCGGAGAGGAACCGCUUCAAGCUCUUCUGCUUAUUUAACCUCCUGUCAGACGACCGCUACCCGCUGGUGAUGAUCCCAGACGAGGUGGAGUAUCUGCUCAAGAAAAUAAGCACAGCCAUGAGCCAGGAGUGGGACGGGAAGCCGCUUGAGGACCUCACGUCCCAGAACCCGGCCGUGCACGAGGAGGGCUUGUCCGUGUGGAACUUCCUGGAGCACAUGGACGCCGGCCGGCUGCUUCGGGUCACCAGCGCCGAGGCCUUCAGUCUGGCCUUAAAUGAGGUCUUCCUGGAGAUGUACCACAACGUCCUGAAGAGGGGCUACAUGUGGAAAAAGGGACACGUGCGGCGCAACUGGACGGAGCGCUGGUUUGUGCUAAAGCCGUCGUCCAUGGCGUACUACGUCAGCGAGGACCUGAAGGACAAGAAGGGCGAGAUCAAGCUGGACAAGACCUGCGUCAUUGAGCCAAUUCCAGACCGAGAGGGAAAACGUUGUUUGUUUUGUGUGAAAACCCACAACAAAACCUACGAGAUGAGCGCCUCAGACCAGAGACAGAAGGUGGAGUGGAUCCAAGCUAUCCAGACGGCCCUGCGCCUCCAAAGCGAGGCCAAAUCGUCGCUCCACUGGGAGCUUAAGGCCAAGAGGCGGGUCCAGCGGGAGCACAGCCAACGGGAGCGCAGCCACAGUGCCCGCAGCAGCUGCAGCAGCCAAUCGGAGGACUCCAACACGCAGGAAAUGGAGAGGGUGGAACGGGAUAAGGACCGUCAGGAUCUAGAGAUAGAGAGCAUCAUACAGCACGCACGCGAACUAGAGACCCGGCGGAGGGAGUCGGACGAGAGGGAGAGGAGGAAGCAGAGGGAGGUGCAGAUGGAGCUGGAGAGACAACUCAAAGAGGCCCAGAUGAUGAGAGAGAGCAUGAGAGCAGAGAUGCAGGAGCGAGCUAAGGAGGCCGAGCAGCAGCGGCAAAGAAUCCAAGAGCUCGAAUUGACCCAGAGGAAACUGGAGGCUGCGCUCAACAUGGAGAUCCAGGCGCGAAUGGAGGAGGAGAGGGCCCGGCAAGAGCUGGAGAGGCUGCUCCAAGCUGAGGAGGAAAAGAAGCAGCAGUUCCAGCUCCUCCAAGAGCAGCAGAGGGUCUUGCAGAGAUUCAGCCCCGUGGAGGACGGGGUCCCCGAUGACGAUUUGGACCACCACGCCCCCUCCGCCCUGCACUCGGCCUCCCAAGAGCUCCAGGAUCUGCGGGCGUCCCGUCAGAGGAGCCACCAGCACCUGGAGGAAGUCCAGGAAAAGCUGAGGAACGCCAGCCAACAUGUUCGUCACUGGAAUGUCCAACUGAACCGCCUGAUGAAGCCCAUCACCCCUGGAGAACGUUUAGAAAAUCGUCUCUCCUCGAAACACACGUGUCCCAAAAAGGAAGGCGCUCUGGCCAGCAACGAGUUCAUCUCCAAGUUCAAGAUCAGAGCCGGCCCGAAUCGCCAGACGCCCGAGUACGACGAGACGCUGGAGGAGCAAAUAGAGGCGGCCAACCUGUCAAAUGAUUCAGACGACACGCCGGAAGAAUCCAAUGGAUCGAUAUGAUUUCCAAUUGUCAGAUAUUUACUGAAAUAAACAUUGUGUGGUAUUUAUAGUGACAUACAGUGUGUGACGUCACCAUUACAAUGAACACAUUUGACAAAUUUGAUCUAUUACUUUUUUUUCAUAAUAAAAUGUACGGUUAAUUAUUA